AUGGGAACCGGUGGAAAAACGUUCAACGCUCACGUGCUCUUGGCCACCACGUAUCCUCACAAACACGUGCGUCCUAUGGCCGACGACGACUCUGAUCUCCGGAGAGGCAUCGGAGAGCUUCUUUCGAGGUGGGGCGGGCUUCAGAUGGCCGUGAAGAAUAAGUGGGGAGGCAACGAUUCUCUCGAGAAAUCUCAAGACCUGGCUCACGAUCUUUUUCAUCUCUUGUCUCAAACAAAUGCAGUGAUUACGGUGGAUGAGAUUGAGAGUUUUCUACAUGAAAGCUUACUUCUUUCUUUCAGCACAGAGAUGGAAGAUGGCAGCACUGAAGAGGUAGCUGAACAAUUGAUGAUACUCCGUGAAGAGAUUUGUUUGCGUGGGAGUCAUUAA